ACUAGCCUCCCCCCCGUGCUUGUAAUAGGGUAACCUGUAUUAUGACCUCCAUGACGCGUGACGUCAUUCGCCCCGUUUGCAAAUGCCUGUUCACAUGUUGUGAAUCUUGUAUCACUGCACCACCUUGCACGUUAAAAUAUUUUGUGCAGAUGUUAAUAAAUUAGACAGUGUGAAUAAUUAGUUUAUGAUUAUGCAGUACUUUCUUUGAUUUAUGACUAUGGUUGUUAUAACAAGACGUACUGGUCACAUUAUUCAGUUGAGAAAUAGUCCAUUAAGAGCCUGAAGAAGGUAGUGAUGCGGUCGUUUUCGACCAUCGUUUUCGCCAUUGCUUGGAAUUACUGCUCGGCGGUCCUCGAAUGUCAAGAUUUUCAUCAGAGUUUUAUGUGAAUUUGUUUUCAGAUCGUAUGGUUUACACUUGUAGCCGACAGAUAAGUAUUUCGCGCACCGUCUGGUAUGAGUUUUGUUGCCCUGAGUGAAAUACUUUUGGAGUACACAACAUUAUAAUUGGAGGGAAGUGUUCCGGAUUCGAGUGAAGCGACUGCGCGCUCUCGUAGGCGCCGGUGAACUGGAUCUGACUGACUGGGAAUUUAUACUGUGUCAUGGAUGUAUAGCGUGUGCUCAGAAAUCGUGUAGGUAAAACAAAUCUUUGAUGUUGUGUGCAGAAUUUGGCAGAUGACAACGACUUGCAAGCAAGCAAGAUGAGUUUCAGCAGCGAUGAGGUCAAUUUUCUUGUCUACCGAUACCUUCAGGAAUCUGGAUUCGCCCAUUCUGCUUACACAUUUGGGGUAGAGAGUCAUAUCAGUCAUUCCAACAUCAAUGGGGCCCUGGUACCACCAGCUGCUCUGCUCAGUAUCAUCCAGAAGGGCUUACAAUACACAGAGGCGGAGAUCAGCAUUGGGGAGGAUGGUUCAGAGAGAGUAAUAGAGUCAUUAUCCCUGAUUGAUGCUGUGAUGCCAGACGUGGUAGAGUCACGCAAACAAGCAGCGCAAAAAGCUCACCAAAUCAAGACGGAACCAGCCAAUACAAAUGGAGAAGACGCCACUCACACGAUCAGUAAUCACACAGAAUCCAUGGACAUAGAUGGCACUGUAGAAAUCCCCACAAACAAAGCAACGGUGUUACGAGGCCAUGAGUCAGAGGUGUUUAUCUGCGCCUGGAACCCUGUAAACGAUUUGUUAGCAUCCGGGUCUGGCGACUCGACGGCACGGAUAUGGAACAUGAAUGAUAACUCUAAUAGUGCCAAUCAGCUGGUGUUACGUCACUGUAUACAGAGAGGAGGAACUGAGGUGCCCAGCAACAAAGAUGUCACCUCCUUAGACUGGAAUUGUGAUGGCUCAUUACUGGCCACAGGCUCAUACGAUGGAUUUGCUAGGAUAUGGAGUACAGAUGGUCGCUUGGUUCAAACAUUAGGUCAGCAUAAGGGUCCAAUAUUCGCUUUAAAAUGGAAUAAAAGAGGAAACUAUAUUCUCAGUGCUGGAGUGGAUAAGACAACUAUAAUUUGGGAAGCCAAUUCUGGGAGUUGUACGCAGCAGUUUGCCUUCCAUUCUGCUCCAGCGCUGGAUGUGGACUGGCAAACCAACAUGAGCUUCGCCUCCUGUUCAACAGACCAAUGUAUUCACGUUUGUAAAUUGAAUUCCGAGCGGCCAAUCAAAACAUUCCAGGGUCAUACGAAUGAAGUUAAUGCCAUAAAGUGGGAUCCUCAAGGGAACCUGUUGGCUUCUUGCUCAGAUGAUAUGACCUUAAAGAUAUGGAGCAUGCAGCAUGACACAUGUGUCCACGACCUGCAGGCUCACAACAAAGAGAUCUACACGAUAAAAUGGAGUCCAACAGGACCACGAACAAACAACCCAAAUGCUAACCUCAUUUUAGCUAGUGCUUCUUUUGAUUCCACUGUGAGAUUAUGGGAUGUUGAAAGAGGGGAAUGUAUUCAUACGUUAACACGACACCAAGAACCGGUUUACAGUGUAGCGUUUAGUCCCGAUGGAAAGUUUUUAGCCAGUGGAUCUUUUGAUAAAUGUGUACACAUAUGGAAUGUCCAGAGUGGAGCUCUAGUGCACAGCUAUAAAGGCACUGGGGGGAUAUUCGAGGUGUGUUGGAACUACAGAGGGGAUAAAGUUGGGGCCAGUGCUUCAGAUGGCUCUGUGUUUGUGCUGGAUUUGCGGAAGUGAAUGGGAGACUAUGGCUAUGGUAAAUAAGAAUUUAAGAAUCCAGUCCCUGUCACCUGUCUGGUAGGGUGACUGCAAAAUACAAAGCUGAGAAUGCCGGGGACAGGCAGCACAAGAAGGGCCUGCAUUUUGGCCGGGAAAUCUGUGUGUUUGAGCGGUCGAGGAGCUCCUGUCUCAGCCAGUAAGCCUGUCCACCUGAUGAGGGAUAGGUGAGAUCUGUGAGGUAGUGCAGCUGUCACAGAGCAGCAUGACAACCCAUAGAAAUGCUGGAUCCAGGAGUCAUUGUCAGGAAUUGAUGGCCGCCUGUUGGGGGCGAGAAAGCAAAGUCUUGAUCAGAAACAUGUGCAGAAGGUACAGCCAUAGUGCUCAGAUCAGACGUAUGGUUUACAGCACGUUUGUGGCAAUAGAAUUGAAGGCCACUGAUUGUGAGAACAGUGAAAACUAAGAUUUUUUGAGCAGGAUAACAGGGAAAAAAAAUGAGGGAAUCCGAGAAGGAAAAAUGUUGCUUGAAUUUGUUCUGAAAGAUGAUGCCGGGGGUAAGUGGAUCUCCCUGCCGUACGCCAUGUGUCCAUUAUAUGGAGAGAGAACAAUAUUCCAUUCACGACAGGACUUGGUGUAACAUGGCUGCUGUUAGUGGCCUUAUUUGGUCUCAUUUUAAGAAUUGAAUCGAAGGACUUCAUUCUGAUUCAUCCCAUCUGAUUUGAUAGCAUUUGGCAGCGUGGGAGUCUUGCGUCCACGUUUUCGGAGGAGGCAUGAAGAAUUUGGGUGUGGCUGUAAGAGAUACCCGUGUAACCAUCAGUCAUCUGAAACUAGUGGUUUACAACUGGGCAGGGGGAUAUUUUUGUGUGAAGAGUUAAAGGAAAAUGGGGUUCUAUUUUGCAACUGUUCUGUUUUUGUUAAGGCUUGAAAAACAUUGUGUCAAAAUCUGUGUGUACACAGGAGGUGUGGAGGUGCUAACAGAGGAGAGUGACACAUCAGUAGUCUGCAGGGUUUUUCACAUACAUGUUCACCUGGCGCAUUUAUUUCUGAAGAUAAUCAUUACUUAUGUUUUACUCUCGUGAAUUUUUUUGUUCACAUUUCAUCAUUCUGUAUCAUAAUUGAAAUGAUUUUUUUGCCAAUUUUCUUACUGUACAUGAAUUUAAUCGAAGUUAAUUACAGCCAUCCUGUAACUGAAGAAACCUCAGGUGUAUUUCUUUCUCAAGAAAUGCUGCAUGGGACAAAUCUUUUUGAAUUAAAAAAAAAAAGGAAUACAAUUUUGUGCAGCAGUCGUUUUCAUAAGAAUGCAGUUGCACCUCUACACCUAUCUGUUCUCAACCACAGUCAACACUCUACUGGCUAAGCUCAGGGAAUUUAUAUAUACCAAGAAUUCAGGAAUCUUCAGUGAAGUCCUGAUCAAUUUUACCAAGUUUUGAAUGAAUUUGUCAUAUUGAAUCUAAUGUAGCCUGAUUUGACUGGGCUUAUAGAUGAAGAGAGGCAAGGACAGAUGUACAGGUGGCGCUCACCCAGUUCUGUAACCCAGACUCCCUCUGUCUUGACCUGAUGGUUGUGUCCAUGAUUUGCGUGUUGAACUGUGGCUGUGUUUUGACUAUUGCUACCAUGUUUUGUUAACAUUAAGUGCUCUGGUAUCUCUAGCUUGGAACUUUCUCGUGUAGCUUCUUUGUGGAUUUUUUUUUUUUUUUUUUUUUAAAUCUGAACUGUUAAAGCCCUUCUUCUUGCCUGUCUUAUCAAAGUUUCAGUUGGCAGUGAUGGUGUACAUUGCGCUGUCAUGAUAUUAUCAGGGUUUGUAUUAAUGACUUAAACUUAAAAAUUGAAAUCUGCUUUCAUGGAUGGAUUUAAUACUAUUUCCUGCGUGCUCUAUAGUUGUGUUAAUUUUCUCUUUUAGCAAAACAUUUUCACUGUUUUACUUCCACUUUGCCAAAUUUCUUUUAUGUUGGGGAACUUGCAGGGUGUUGGCCAUGUGCAAGAACCUCUUUUGGAGGCCAGUAGAUUUAUUUUUUAAAGCAUUUUAAAGCUUAAAAUCUCCAGAAGAAGUGACAUUUCCUUUUCAGUAUCUAGUCUUUCUGUAUAGAUAAUUGAUCACAAACAUGUACACAAAAUUGAGAUAUCCUUCAAAGAGUCCACUUUUUUCCCCUUCCCAGUUAAAAAAAGUGAGGGCAAAGAAGACUUCUUUUUUUUUUUUUGAAAAAAAUAAAUAAAUAAACAAAAUGGUUUAUGGAUGUUUAUUUAUGGCAGGAAAUCUCCAGCCUGUCGUAACCUGUAUGUCCGUUGUAGUACAUGUACUCAGUAAGUCUGGCAGAUUUGGAAAUUGAAAUUUUAACAUGCAAGUUGUCCUUCAUAGAUAUUUCAUUUUUAUUAACAUUUUAAUAAAACUGUUAUAAAGUAAGAAAGAAGAGAAUUCUUUGACAACAGCUUACAGGCAAUGAACAGUUUCUCCGGAUCUGCUUUAUUCUCAUCUCUCGGAGUGACAUCACAAGCUUUGAUUGAGUUUCACUGUCUGUACACACUCAACAAUGUAUUGACUCCUGGCACUGCUGGUUAUUGUUCAUCAAUCUGAAGCUAAAGGGUCUCCCAUCCAUCCAUCCAUCCAUCC